AUGACGUACAGCCACCCAGACGUGGCCCCUACAAGCGAAUACCACUCUCUGCCAAGAGACGUGUGGUGGCAGCGCACGAUGCAGGACAAGACUGGAAGUCUGUUGCUCGCGCCAACGGAAUCAACGAGUCCACCGCAAAAGCUGUCGCACCAGCUCGUGGACACAAUGGAGGCAUGGGUGGAGUUUGACUGCCAAAUCACUCUCGCCGAGCUCAAAGCACGCAUUCAAGUGGACUACGAUAUCGUCAUCUCGGAAACGAGUCUACACCCUCAACGAUGA